AUGAGUUCAGCUUUACCGCACAACAAGAAGCCUCGCAAGCAGUAUGUCUUGGGUGACUUUGUCAAAUAUGCCACUGGCAUAUUUGCGGCUCACUUCGUCGCCAUCUCCGACAUGGGUAUCUACGAGUUCGCAGAGAAGCAAUACACAGACGAAAAGCAACAAUUACAAACUUGUCAUAUGGUCCUUGUGGGACACUAUGCUCGCAAGAGUGGUGGUCCUCCAGUCUGGGCACAAGCGACAGGUGACGGUAUACGGUAUCAUAAAGGUACCGGUUUUUUAGUGGAGCCGCUCAUUUUGGACAUUCAUUGCGGAAAAGUCUACUACGAACCUCCAUUCAGCUACAUUGGCGGUACGAUCAAGAAUAGUGAUACUCCACGCGGUAUGACGCAGGAACGAAAAUUUCAGCGAGCAGUGGUUGAAUCUGCCAUUCACUUCGUCUUCCUCUUGAGCGGGAGAUUGAACCAAACCUUAGAUAUCACAAACCCGGAUUUGCUUGGUCAUUUCAAGAUUGCUCUCGUAAAUCUUUUACAGAAUCGGAAGGCUCACGAAGCGGCUGACCGUACUCCAACCAAAAGAUCCCCAACACGCGUUGAAGAGACAGCCAUCACUAAGAACGAAGCGCGUCCUUUCAAAGUUAGUGAGACGAAUUAUAGGAAUCUUACAUUUCAAAUCAUACGAAGGCCUCUGCCACCUAUUAUUGCGGCUUCACUAAACCGUAGAGUUAUCGAUUUAACGCGCGAUGUUCCCGGAUCUUCGCCUCAAGCAUUCAAUGAGCGUAUACUUCUCGAGCAACAAUUCGAGAGAAAGCCAGACGGCAGAGAUUACGAGAUCAGCGCGGAAGAUGGACUACAGAGACAAGCCUUGAAGGCGAAGGUUUCUGCAAAAAGACAGCGAUUAGCACAGUGCGAAGCGACCGCACUGGAGCAUCGGCUUCAAAUUGCAGUUAUGAAGGAAGAGCUUGCGCGUGAGAAGGAAGAGCUUGCGCGUGAGAAGGAAGAGCUUGGGUGUGAGAAGGAAGAGCUUGGGUGUGAGAAGAAAGCGAAGAUGUUCUGGGAGCACAAGCACAACAGCUUGCCAAGAAUUCUGCUUGACCGUAGCCGACUUUCGAUUGCUUCAGGGUCUCCAAAUGAUCAGGAGUCAAGUGUGGCGUUGGUCAGAACAUCAGAUGCAGGAGUACGCAGUGGCCCAUUCGGUUCCGGCCGUUCUCGACCGUUGUGA